AUGCCAGAACACACACCUGCUCCCACUCCAAGCCGAGCUGUUUAUGGCUUUGUACUGUAUCUUUGCUGUUAUUCAGCCCUUGCACUCUAUUUUGUUUGGGCCAUAAUUCCUGAUAGUUUCUUGCAUUCUCUGGGACUUACAUACUGGCCACAGAAGUACUGGGCCAUUGCUAUACCGAUUCAUGUUGGUCUGGCAAUUGCACUGUUUGGUGCUGUCAUUUACCCUGCUAUCAAUCUCACCAUGACACCACCACUUGGUGACCUUCGCACAGUAACAGAUCCCCAUGCAGUCAGCCUACAGGACAAAAUGGUACCUGAAGGGGGUAUACCUCCUGUCUCAGACAUACCAAUAUCACAAGUGUGCAGACAUCUUUAUAUGGAUCCAAACUAA